AUGACGGCUACCACAAUCAUCGCAGCUGUACCAACAAACCAACACGACCAUACCAUUGGUCAUUGCCGCGCUCAACGGCACACGCUCUAUGAGUACACCGAGCAUUGCCAAACACAAGGAACGCAACAACAACACGUUCAAGAAUCUGCUGUUUCGCAACCUAAGGUCUGCAGUGAAGAGGAAUGGACAGAGAGUCCCGAAGAACUUGCGCGCUGGGGAAUACAAGCUUCUGAGCCGGCGCGACAGGACGCUGCUUCUGCGAGGAGAGUGCAUAAAGAGGCAGAGUGUCUGAGGAUUGAGGAUGUUGCAAAGUUUUGGCAGUGA